UGCGGCAUCUCAAACAGAAUGGAAAGCUGGUGACAAGUUUGUAUAUUUUUUUGUUAAGGGUUAACAUUUUUCUGAGAAACCUGAGGUUAGUUGGGAUUCUUUUCUCUUAUGCUGUCGAGGGGCUCGUGAAUUUUCUCCGCAUGUUAAAGGAGUUUUUGAAACAUCAGGAAGGACUGGGACGGGUUAUCUUAAUGACGGACUGUUUUUCGACUUUAAACCAGGCCCAAGGAAUUUUUGGAAGUCGGACUUAAUACACGAAUCUAGACUUUCUUUGACGACGCGAAUCCCGAUUCGGCUUUCCUUUCCCAUGCCUGAUUGGGAAAGGAAAGCCGAUUCAACCAUGAAUUAACUGGUUAUAUUUUAUUAGCAAAUUUUUUUCCGCAAAUAUAUAAAUCUGUAAAUAUCCGUGUCGUCUUGCAUUGCCAAAACAUUGAAAUGCCAAACUCCCAAAGGUGUAAAAAUGCUAAUAACUGGAAAGGUAUUUCAAUGAUUCCUUACUUAAUCUUCGCAAAAACAUUGGAACAAAUUGAAAAUACUUCUUCACGUUUAGAAAUAAUUAAAACACUUGCAGAAUUUUUUGUUAAAGCAAUAAACCUUUCUCCAAAUGAUUUGAGUCCAGCAGUUCAUUUGUGUGUUAAUCAACUUGGACCAGCUUAUGAAGGUUUAGAAUUGGGUAUAGCUGAUGCUUAUUUGAUUAAAGCAAUUGCUGGUGCUACUGGAAGAACGGCAAAUAAAAUCAAAGAAGAGCUCAAAAAAGGCUUGGAUCUGGGUGUUGUGGCACAGCAAAGUCGAUCUGGUCAAAGUAUGCUUUUCAAGCCAAAGCCACUUACUGUUCCAUUUGUGUUUAAUAAACUACGUGAAAUUGCUCAAAUGAGUGGAACUGAUUCUGUGGGCAAAAAAGUUGACAAAAUUCAAAGUCUAAUUUUACAUUGUGUUGAUUGUGAAGCUAAAUAUUUGGUACGCUGUUUAAGUGGAAAGCUCAGGAUUGGAUUAGCUGAACAAUCUGUAAUUGUUGCUUUAGCUAAUGCUUUUACAACUGUUGAAUUGGGGGAUAAAAGUUUGCUUUUUUUUUAA